UUAGGGCUGAGCAGUAGGACCCAGGGGCCUCCGCUGCCACCAAUAGUAGCGCGCACUUGGACCUAUUUGCAUGCAAUGCCUUCUGCUCUGCGCAUUAAUAGUAAUACAGAUAACGGGUUUGAAAGAAUUCUCUGCUGAAGAACGAUUGGAUUUUCCCAGGGUGCUGAUACUGAGAAGAAACGCGAUUUCACUCUCUCCCUCUCCCCAUUCUUACAUUUGUAAGUGUCAGGCCGCUUUUGCCUGGUUUAAACUCGGGAAGGUCUCCGGAGUGCACAGCAAAGUUGGAGGCUGUGCCCGCACACCAAGCCGCUGGAUUCCUGGAAACAGUCUUAAGGACGGAUAAAACCUAUCUGUGCCACUGGCGGGGUGUAAUGCAAGGAAGGGACAAAGAUGAAAUGGAAACAUGUUCCUUUUUUGGUCAUAACAUUACUGCUCAGCUUGUCAAAAGAACAGCUGCUCCUGUCACAGCUCAUUCCAGACCCUGAGGACCUAGAGAGGGGCACCGACAACGGGACGCCAAACCCCACCUCUGAUAACGAUGACAAUUCGCUGGGCUACACAGGCUCCCGUCUUCGUCAGGAAGAUUUUCCACCUCGCAUUGUUGAACACCCUUCAGACCUAAUUGUCUCAAAAGGAGAACCUGCAACUUUGAACUGUAAAGCUGAGGGCCGCCCCACACCGACUAUUGAAUGGUACAAAGGUGGGGAGAGAGUGGAGACAGACAAAGAUGACCCUCGCUCACACCGCAUGUUGUUGCCAAGUGGAUCUUUAUUUUUCUUACGAAUUGUACAUGGACGAAAAAGUAGGCCAGAUGAAGGGGUCUACAUCUGUGUAGCAAGAAAUUACCUCGGAGAGGCUGUGAGCCACAAUGCAUCGCUGGAGGUAGCCAUACUACGGGAUGACUUCAGACAAAAUCCCUCUGAUGUCAUGGUGGCAGUGGGGGAGCCCGCAGUGAUGGAGUGCCAGCCACCACGAGGCCAUCCUGAACCCACCAUUUCUUGGAAGAAAGAUGGCUCUCCACUGGACGACAAAGAUGAAAGGAUAACUAUACGAGGAGGAAAACUCAUGAUUACUUACACCCGCAAGAGUGAUGCUGGAAAGUAUGUGUGUGUUGGCACCAACAUGGUUGGGGAACGCGAGAGUGAAGUGGCGGAGCUGACCGUGUUGGAGAGACCAUCAUUUGUGAAGAGACCCAGUAACUUGGCAAUCACUGUGGAUGACAGCGCGGAGUUUAAAUGCGAGGCCCGAGGUGACCCUGUGCCUACAGUGCGGUGGAGGAAAGAUGACGGGGAACUGCCCAAAUCCAGAUAUGAAAUCAGAGAUGAUCAUACCUUGAAAAUCCGAAAGGUGAUGGCUGGUGACAUGGGGUCAUAUACUUGUGUUGCAGAAAAUAUGGUUGGAAAAGCUGAAGCAUCAGCUACUUUGACUGUCCAAGAACCUCCGCAUUUCGUUGUGAAGCCCCGUGACCAGGUUGUGGCCUUGGGCCGAACUGUAACUUUUCAGUGUGAAGCAACCGGAAAUCCUCAACCAGCUAUUUUUUGGAGGAGAGAGGGGAGUCAGAAUCUACUGUUUUCAUAUCAGCCACCACAGUCAUCCAGCCGUUUUUCAGUCUCCCAGACUGGUGAUCUCACUAUUACUAAUGUCCAGCGAUCUGAUGUUGGUUAUUAUAUCUGCCAGACUUUAAAUGUUGCCGGAAGUAUCAUCACAAAAGCAUAUUUGGAAGUUACUGAUGUGAUUGCAGACCGACCGCCCCCAGUCAUUCGACAAGGUCCUGUGAAUCAGACAGUAGCAGUGGAUGGUACCUUAGUGCUCAGCUGUGUGGCCACAGGCAGUCCAGUGCCCACAAUUCUGUGGAGAAAGGAUGGGGUUCUUGUUUCAACCCAAGAUUCUCGAAUUAAACAGCUCGAGACUGGAGUUCUGCAGAUCCGAUAUGCGAAGCUGGGUGACACUGGUCGGUACACCUGCAUCGCAACCACCCCCAGUGGUGAAGCAACAUGGAGUGCUUACAUUGAAGUCCAAGAAUUUGGAGUUCCAGUUCAGCCUCCAAGACCCACUGACCCAAAUUUAAUCCCUAGUGCCCCCUCCAAACCUGAAGUUAUAGAUGUCAGCAGAAAUACAGUAACAUUGUCAUGGCAACCAAACUUGAAUUCAGGUGCAACUCCAACAUCUUAUAUUCUAGAAGCCUUCAGCCAUGCAUCUGGUAGCAGUUGGCAGACUGUAGCAGAGAAUGUGAAAACAGAAACAUUUCCAAUUAAAGGACUCAAACCUAAUGCAAUUUACCUUUUCCUUGUGAGGGCAGCUAAUGCAUAUGGAAUUAGUGAUCCAAGCCAGAUAUCAGAUCCAGUGAAAACACAAGCUGUGGAAGGACAGGCUGAGGACUUGGAACUUAAAGGGAGUUCUUGUGAGUAUGUGGACCAACAGUCUCAGUAUAUUCAAGGAUAUAAAAUUCUUUAUCGGCCGUCUGGAGCCAACCAUGGGGAGUCGGAGUGGUUAGUUUUUGAAGUGAGGACGCCAACCAAAAAUAGCGUGGUUAUCCCUGAUCUCAAAAAGGGAGUCAACUAUGAAAUUAAGGCUCGUCCUUUUUUUAAUGAAUUUCAAGGAGCAGACAGUGAAAUUAAAUUUGCCAAAACCCUGGAAGAAGCACCCAGUGCCCCACCUCAAAGUGUAACUGUAUCAAAGAAUGAUGGAAAUGGAACUGCAAUUCUUGUUAGUUGGCAGCCUCCUCCAGAGGACACUCAAAAUGGAAUGGUCCAAGAGUACAAGGUUUGGUGUUUGGGAAAUGAAACUCGUUACCAUAUAAACAAGACGGUGGAUGGUUCCACAUUUUCUGUGGUCAUUCCCUCGCUGGUCCCCGGGAUCCGGUACAGUGUGGAGGUGGCAGCCAGCACGGGGGCUGGGCCAGGGGUGAAAAGCGAGCCGCAGUUUAUCCAGCUAGAUUCUCAUGGCAACCCCGUGUCACCAGAGGACCAGGUGAGCCUGGCUCAGCAGAUCUCCGACGUGGUGAAGCAGCCGGCAUUCAUCGCGGGCCUCGGGGCGGCCUGCUGGGUCAUCCUCAUGGUCUUCAGCAUCUGGCUCUAUCGGCACCGCAAGAAGAGAAAUGGGCUGACCAGUACCUACGCGGGUAUCAGGAAAGUCCCGUCUUUUACCUUCACACCAACAGUAACUUAUCAGAGAGGAGGCGAAGCUGUGAGCAGUGGAGGGAGGCCAGGACUUCUCAACAUCAGUGAACCUGCCGCCCAGCCCUGGCUGGCAGACACGUGGCCUAAUACUGGUAACAAUCACAAUGACUGCUCCAUCAACUGCUGUACAGCAGGCAGUGGGAACAGUGACAGCAACCUCACCACCUACAGUCGCCCAGCUGAUUGUAUAGCAAAUUAUAACAACCAACUGGAUAACAAACAAACAAAUCUGAUGCUCCCUGAGUCAACUGUUUAUGGUGAUGUGGACCUUAGUAACAAAAUCAAUGAGAUGAAAACCUUCAAUAGCCCAAAUCUGAAGGAUGGGCGUUUUGUCAAUCCAUCAGGGCAGCCUACUCCUUACGCCACCACCCAGCUCAUCCAGUCCAACCUCAGCAACAACAUGAACAAUGGCAGCGGGGACUCCGGCGAGAAGCACUGGAAGCCGCCCGGGCAGCAGAAACAAGAAAUGGCGCCAGUUCAGUAUAACAUCAUGGAGCAAAACAAACUGAACAAAGAUUAUCGAGCAAAUGACACAAUUCCUCCAACUAUCCCAUACAACCAAUCAUAUGACCAGAAUACAGGAGGAUCCUACAAUAGUUCCGACCGGGGCAGUAGUACAUCUGGGAGUCAAGGGCACAAGAAAGGGGCACGGACACCCAAAGUACCAAAACAAGGCGGCAUGAACUGGGCAGAUCUGCUUCCUCCUCCCCCGGCGCAUCCUCCUCCUCAUAGCAACAGCGAAGAGUUCAGUAUUUCUGUGGAUGAAAGCUAUGACCAAGAGAUGCCAUGUCCAGUGCCACCAGCGAGGAUGUAUUUACAACAAAAUGAACUAGAAGAGGAGGAAGAUGAACGAGGCCCCACUCCCCCCAUCCGAGGAGCAGCAUCUUCUCCGGCCGCUGUGUCUUACAGCCACCAGUCCACGGCCACCCUGACCCCAUCUCCACAGGAGGAGCUCCAGCCCAUGCUACAGGACUGCCCUGAGGAGACUGGCCACAUGCAGCACCAGCCCGACAGGAGACGGCAGCCUGUGAGCCCCCCGCCACCGCCUCGGCCGAUUUCCCCACCGCACACCUACGGCUACAUUUCAGGGCCCCUGGUCUCAGACAUGGAUACGGAUGCGCCCGAAGAGGAAGAGGACGAAGGCGACAUGGAAGUGGCCAAGAUGCAGACCAGAAGGCUUUUGUUGCGGGGGCUGGAGCAGACCCCGGCCUCCAGUGUUGGCGACCUGGAGAGCUCCGUCACCGGGUCCAUGAUCAACGGCUGGGGCUCAGCCUCCGAGGAGGACAACAUUUCCAGCGGGCGCUCCAGCGUCAGCUCUUCUGACGGCUCUCUUUUCACCGACGCUGACUUCGCCCAGGCGGUGGCGGCAGCGGCAGAGUAUGCUGGUCUGAAAGUGGCACGACGUCAAAUGCAGGACGCCGCGGGCCGCCGACACUUCCAUGCAUCCCAGUGCCCUCGGCCCACAAGUCCUGUUUCUACGGACAGCAACAUGAGCACCGCUGUGAUGCAGAAGGCCAGGCCAGCCAAGAAACCAAAACACCAGCCAGGACAUCUGCGCAGAGAAGCCUACACAGAUGAUCUUCCACCUCCUCCUGUGCCACCACCUGCUAUAAAGUCACCCACUGUCCAAUCCAAGGCACAACUGGAAGUACGACCUGUCAUGGUGCCAAAACUUCCCUGUACAGAAGCAAGAACAGACAGAUCAUCAGAUAGAAAAGGAGGCAAUUAUAAGGGGAGGGAAAUAUUGGAUGGAAGACAAGUUGCUGAAAUGCGAACAAAUCCAGGUGAACCCAGAGAAGCACAGGAGCAGCAAAAUGAUGGGAAAGGACGCGGAAACAAGGCAGCAAAACGAGACCUUCCACCAGCAAAGACUCAUCUCAUCCAAGAGGAUAUUCUACCUUACUGUAGACCUACUUUUCCGACAUCCAAUAAUCCCAGAGAUCCUAGUUCUUCAAGCUCAAUGUCAUCAAGGGGAUCAGGAAGCAGACAAAGAGAACAAGCAAAUGUAGGUCGAAGAAAUAUUGCAGAAAUGCAAGUUCUUGGAGGAUAUGAAAGAGGAGGAGAUAAUAAUGAAGAAUUAGAGGAAACUGAAAGCUGAAGACAACCAGAGAGGCUUGUGAGAUCUAAUGUGAAAAUUGUCAUUCAAGAUGCCUCAUGUCUGAUGACACAUGACGCCAGAUAAGAUGUUCAGUGCAAUCAGAGUGUACAAAUUGUCCUCUUACUGGAAUGCAUUUUUUAAAAUUUUACUGGGAUUUUAUUGUUGUUGUUUGAUCCCUAUCUCUAUGAGGAACCACCCUAGUCCUCUCACUGUUGGAACAAACCAUUACACUUACUUCCAGCAAGGGAAGUAUUUGAAAUCUUGCUUCCGUCAUCAGCCAGCAGAAGGGAACAGAAUAGUUCUUCUGCAUUUUGCCCCUGAGAUAUGGCAUUGCACUGCUUAUAUACCAAGCCAAUUUAUAGCAAAAUAUUGAUCAAAGAUACAAAGUUGAUUAAUCAACCUCAUGCCAAGGGCUCUGAAGAUAUAAUCUUUCUAUAACCAACUGCUAAUGCAAAUUAAAACAUACUUCAUUGUCACGUGAUUUUAAAAUCAGUCUUUCAUACCACCCUUUCCUGGGAGAAAAUAAAAAUACAGCAAAUGCAGAACAACCACAAUUAAUUUGAAUGGGGUAGAAACAUUGUAAAUAUAUUCUCUUUGCAACCCCUGGUGAUACUUUUUUUUCACUUCAUUUCAAUCACUGAAGUAUAUUCUUAUUGGAAAUGUUCGUCUUUUCGAUAAGUAGGGGGAAGCCAGUUGGAUCUCUGGUUGUCUAGUCAUUGCCAUAAGUAAGCCUAGCAAAAACCUUACUCUAUUUUUCAAUCAAAAACCGAUUAAAACUGCAUAUUACAAACAAAUGGAUGUUUUUAAUGACCAAUUGAAUAAGAACAUCCCUAUCUUAACUGGCCUGAAUUUCUUCUGGUAGUGUCAGUUCAACUUUCAGAAGUGCCACUUAAGGAAGUCUGAUUUUUGUUUUUGUAAUGCACUGUUUUUUAAACUUUUUUUUUUUUUUGGUUUUAAAAGCACAAUCACUAAACUUUAUUUGUAAACCAUUGUAACUAUUAACCUUUUUUGUCUUAUUGAAAAAAAAAUGUUGAGAAGCGUUUUUAACCUGUUUUGUUAAUGCUCUAUGUUUGUAUUUGGAAUAUUUGAAUGAUGACAGAUGGUGAAGUAACGUGCGUACUUAUUGUGGCCAUAAACCCAGGGGUUCUUACUUUUCCUGGACUUAAGGAAAAAGAGAUUUGUUUGUUGUGGCCAAUGUUGAAACUUACAAGAUUUCCUUAUAAGCUCAAAUAGAGGCAUUAUGUGCUUUGUUUUGCCAAAUGAUGCCCUCUGACUGUAUGGUCCCUUUUUUUCAUUAUAUAAAUUUUAUUGACUUUAUAAUUGGUGCUAUUUGAAGAAAAAAAUGUACACUUAUUCCUACACAGGUAUCAAGCCUGACCCACUGGAAAACAAAGCCAAACAAAACGGAGCCACAAAAGAAAAAAAAGCUGGUAUUCACCAAAAACUAAAUGUGUUCACUUAGAUAAUUGAAAAGUUACAUAGAAAGGGUGUGCAGUACUAAGGGAACAAUCCAUGUGAUUAAUGUUUUCAUUAUGUUCAUGUAAGAAGCCUCUUAUUUUUAGCCAUAAUUUUGCAUACUGAAAAUCCAGUAAUCAAAAAAGUAAUUUUGUCACAUUAUUUAUUAAAAAUGUUCUCAAAUACAU